AUGUCAAAGACACCUCCCGUAUUCUGCUUCAGCAACAUCAGUAAAGAUGGCGAAAAGACGGAAAUCAUAGGGAAAGCUGUGGUGCACUUAUUGGGCUUCGUAGCUACUUUCUCAAUACCUGGAGUGAACAACAAUUUUAGGAGAGUCUUGUACAAAGCUGUCACCUACUUGAACUACCGAGCUCAUUUGCCAUCACCGAUUUAUAAUAUCGGGAAAACUCGAAUGACAAUGAGGCUUGUGUUUUGCCUCACUCUUUUUACUGUACUGAUCGCAGUAAAUCACUACGUCGAAGCAAAGAAACUUUAUGUGCAGCUGCCACCAGAUGUGCCAGGAGGUGAACCCCGAUAUGUGAAAGCACCGAAGGUAAUGACGGAAUACGACAAAUGCAAAAUGGAAUGCAAGCGACAAAGAAGUGCUUCCUAUCGCAAAGAACAUAUAACGGCACUGCGUGAGCAGUUGGCCAUACUGGAAGCAGAAGAAGUUGCAGCUGCCAGUGACAUCAAGGAAUCUAUGGUCCGGCAACAAGAGCGACAAGAAGUGAUGAAUCGUGUGUUGGUGGAUCAUGUACCUUCCACCACACUCGGUUGUGGGUUCGAAAUACCCUGA